AUGGAUCUGGAGAACCAGACACGGGUCACCAAGUUCAUCCUGGUGGGGUUUCCUGGGAGCUUGAGCAUGCGGGCAGCAGUGUUCCUGAUGUUUCUAGUGGCCUAUAUCCUGACCGUAGCUGAGAACGUGAUCAUCAUCCUGUUAGUGCAGCAGAACCGGUCACUGCACAAGCCUAUGUACUUCUUUCUGGCCAACCUGUCUUUCCUGGAGACCUGGUACAUCUCUGUGACUGUGCCCAAGCUGCUGUUCAGCUUCUGGUCCAGGAGCAACAGCAUCUCCUUCACCCACUGUAUGAUACAGCUCUACUUCUUCAUCGCACUGAUGUGCACGGAAUGCGUUCUCCUGGCCGCCAUGGCCUAUGACCGCUACGUGGCCAUUUGCCGCCCGCUGCACUACCCCACCAUCAUGAGCCACGGGCUCUGUUUCCGCCUGGCUCUUGGCUCCUGGGCCAUUGGCUUUGGCAUCUCUUUGGCAAAGAUCUACUUCAUCUCUCGCCUCAGCUUCUGUGGCCCCAAUGUCAUCAACCACUUCUUCUGCGACAUCUCCCCAGUACUUAAUCUCUCCUGCACGGACAUGUCUGUGGCAGAGCUGGUGGACUUUGUCUUGGCUCUGAUCAUCUUCCUCUUCCCCCUGUCAAUAACCGUCUUGUCGUACGGGUGCAUUCUGGCCACUGUGUUGCGCAUGCCGACGGGGAAGCAAAAAGCCCUUUCCACCUGUGCUUCUCACUUCGUGGUGGUCACCAUCUUCUACUCGGCCACCAUUUUCAUGUAUGCCCGGCCCCGAGCUAUUCAUGCCUUCAACAUGAACAAAGUCAUUUCCAUCUUCUAUGCCAUUGUGACGCCAGCCUUCAAUCCUUUCAUUUACUGUCUGAGGAAUCGGGAGGUCAAAGAAGCUCUGAAGAAACUGAUGUACUGCCAGGCAAUUAGAUCGGACUAG